AUCGACACUCCAGGGAUCUUGGAUAGGCCAUUUGAGGAUCGUAAUAUCAUAGAAAUGUGCAGUAUUACAGCUCUUGCACAUCUGAGGGCCGCUGUGUUAUUUUUCCUUGAUAUUUCUGGGUCUUGUGGCUAUAGCAUUGCGCAACAGGCUGCUCUUUUUCACAGCAUCAAAUCACUUUUUUUGAACAAACCGUUGAUGAUCGUAUGCAACAAAACGGACUUGCAGCCAUUAGAUGGGAUUUCCGAGGAAGAUAAGAAGUUAGUCACAGAGAUGAAAGAUGAAGCUAUGAAGACAGUGAUUGGUCAAGGUGGCGAGGCAACAGAUGAAGCAGGUGUGCUGUUAACUAUGAGCACUUUGACUGAAGAUGGUGUAAUUUCAGUGAAGAAUGCAGCUUGUGAGAGGUUACUG